ACCACGACGUGAAGCUGCUCGCCUCUGCGGCGAUGGCUCUUUAUCUUGAAAUAGCUCUGUAGCAAUCAGGGAAGUGCGCGUACGUCAGUAUGCAGGUCAGCGCGCUCCUAAAAGCUGGCCCUAUAACCUGGCGUUAAGCUGUUGUAAUUCCUCAAUUCCUCACUUAUGGAGGUGCAGUGUUACCUUAUCUCCUACGAUACCCGGUGGGGUACAGCACGUAAGGUGCGGUCACGUACUUGAUUCAUUUGGCAGUGACCCUAUAGCUGACGUCGGGAGCAAGGAGGAGUACCCGGAGGAGCGGAGCGGCUUCGGGUCCCCGACGCGUGCCCGGUUGGCGGCGCUGCCCAGGUGAAUAUAUGUGAAUUUUGAACACAAGAUGGCUCAGAAGAGGAGCUCAAGUGGGCGGUCAUUCCCAUUAUUGUUGUUGAUUAUUGUUGUGGCCUUUGUUCAUUUGACUGUCUGCCCAUUUACAAAAGUGGAGGAAAGCUUUAACCUACAGGCUAUCCAUGAUGUUGUAUACCACCAACUGGACUUGGAUAAGUAUGAUCACCAUGAAUUUCCUGGAGUUGUCCCAAGAACGUUUCUUGGACCGAUCUUUAUUGCUGCUCUUUCCAGCCCAGCUAUAUACAUACUUUCCCUGUUAAAAAUGUCCAAGUUCUACUCCCAGCUGAUUGUCCGAGGAAGCUUGGGGCUCAGUGUGAUUUACACGCUAUGGAAGUUGCAAAAAGAAGUUAGAAAGCAGUUUGGAGCAACUACGUCAACAGUCUUCUGUCUCAUAACUGUUACUCAGUUUCACUUGAUGUUUUAUUGUACACGAACCCUUCCCAAUGUAUUUGCACUUCCUUUUGUGCUGUUGGCGUUGACAUUUUGGAUACAGCAAAAGCAGAGGCCAUUCAUUUGGUUCUCAUCUUUGGCAAUUAUAGUCUUCAGAUCAGAGCUCGCCAUAUUCUUAGGUCUCAUGCUUCUUGUGACGUUUUUAACCAAAAGGAUCUCCAUUUUAAAGAUACUUUCCCAUGCUGUUCCUGCUGGAUUUUUUUGGUUGGGGCUAACAGUGGCUGUGGACUCUCUGUUUUGGAGGCAACUUGUGUGGCCUGAAGGGAAAGUACUCUGGUAUAACACAAUUUUAAACAAAAGUUCCAACUGGGGAACAUCCCCCUUCUUUUGGUAUUUCUAUUCAGCUCUGCCUCGUGCUUUGGGAUGCAGCAUUAUAUUUGUACCUUUAGGUGCAGCAGAAAAGAGAACUCGGAUAUUACUUUUGCCAGCACUGGGCUUUAUUUUCUUGUAUUCAUUUCUUCCACACAAAGAGUUGCGCUUUAUCAUAUACACUUUCCCCGUCUUCAACAUAGUAGCUGCUAAAGUGUGCUCACGAAUACUGAAUAACUACCGGAAAUCUUGGCUGUACAAACUUGGAUCUUUUUUUGUUGUAAUGCAUCUUCUAGUUAAUGCUGCUUAUUCUGGAACUUCUCUGUAUGUUUCACAUUUCAAUUAUCCUGGAGGAGUAGCAAUUCAGAAGUUGCAUGAGUUGGUACCUUCAACAGCAGAGGUCUCUGUUCAUAUUGAUGUAGCUGCAGCACAAACAGGAGUCUCUCGGUUUCUAGAAAUCAAUUCAGAUUGGAGGUAUGACAAAAGAGAAGAUGUUAAACCGGGAGACCAGCUGAUGUUUUCUUACACACACAUACUGAUGGAAACAAACCCUCUUCAGAUAUCACAUUACAAGACAACUCACAGGCCUCUGGCAAAUAUACCUGGCAUCAGUAAAAUUGGGUUGAACCUUACUGCACUACCUCCUUUUACUUUAAACUUAAAACCAAAAUUAGUACUGUUGGAAAAACUUCCUCUAUCAUCUUGACUGUGAAUUUUAUGUAAGUCUUUUGAUGUAAUUUUGCUGAUGACUGAAUGAUCUAUGACAACAGCAGAUUAUCAUUCCAGCACUGCAGUUCAGCUUCUGUGAAAAGGUACAGAAAAUCUUUGUAUUGAUCAGUAUUUAGCUUCAUCCUGUUUAUUAUAUGAAUACUAUAACGCACUUCUAGUCAAUAUAAAGUCAAAUCUGAGUUAGAUAUUAUUAGAUGUGUUUGAGAGAGGCUGCUUACAAGUUUAGUGCUAUUACGCGAAAUGUCUACUUGAUUUGGGUAGCUAUUUCAUAAUGCGGCACAGGUAUGUCCUAAUUGUCCUAUAUAAGAUACAUAAUGGAACGAGAUCUUACUUUGGCAAUAACUUUAUAUGUAAUCUGUGUGUGCAAAGAUGUAUUACUCGAUAUAUCUGCAGGACUGUAACCCGCUUAGUUGUCAGAUUGCCUGUGUGAAACUUGAAUGAUGUUAUCAGCAUAGGAAAGCCAUAUUCAUUGUAGCUUCAUCACAAUACAUAAUUGUGCCCUGUGGGCUAUUAAACUAAUUAAAGUGAAAGGUUCACUUAAAAAGCAUUUGGACCUCUUGGCAACACUGUUUUGUAACAGUAUUAAACAGUAUUAAAGAAUGGUUAUCUUUAUUUCAGUAGAUCAUGAACGAGCACUGCGACUUGGAUUUCGCAGAAAAUAGUAUUUUAAAACUAUUUUCCCUUUUCUUCUGCAAUUGUAUCUUAAUUUGCAGUGCAAAAGUUUACCUACAAAAAUAUUUACUUGAAUACACUUGAAGAUAGGUGCUGUUUUAUUUCUGUAUUAAGUAGUCCCCUUGGAAAAGAAUAAAGAACCAUGUGUUAGAAUUGUAUAAAUUAGAAUAAAAUAGUAUGCUCUGUAA